GUCUCGCGGGAGUGACGUGGAGCUCUGAAGCAUCUCGGGAGGAAGGUCCCGGCGUGCGUUGCAGUCGCUGGUCAGCAUGGUGAAGCUGACGGCCGAGCUGAUUGAGUUGGCGGCGCAGUACACCAACCCGGUGCGGGACCGGGAGCUCGACCUCCGGGGGUAUAAGAUCCCUGUGGUGGAGAACCUGGGGGCGACUUUGGAUCAGUUUGACGCUAUCGAUUUCUCCGACAAUGAAAUUCGGAAGUUGGAUGGCUUCCCGUUGCUCCGCAGAUUGAAGAGCCUGCUGUUGAACAACAAUCGGAUCUGUCGGAUAGGCGAAGGCCUUGAGCAGGCCCUGCCAAACCUGCAGGAGUUGGUGCUCACAAACAACAAUCUACAGGAACUGGGGGAUCUAGAUACACUUUCAACUAUAAAGUCCCUCUCGUUCUUGAGCCUCCUGCGGAAUCCUGUAACGAGUAAGAAGCAUUAUCGACUUUAUGUAAUCCACAAAGUUCCACAAGUUAGAGUCCUGGAUUUCCAGAAGGUGAAGCUGAAGGAACGUCAGGAAGCGGAUCGAAUGUUCAAAGGCAAACGUGGGGCACAGCUUGCAAAGGAUAUAACCAAGAAAACAAAGACUUUCACACCAGGUGCAGGAUUGUCAGGAGAGAAGAAGAAAACGGGGCCUUCUGGACCUGAAGUUGAAGCAAUUAAGAAUGCUAUUGCAAAUGCAUCAACUCUGGCUGAGGUGGAAAAGCUGAAAGGGAUGCUACAGGCUGGACAAAUCCCAGGCAGAGACAAGACUGGUCCUACAGAAGAAGUUGAGGAGGAGGAAAUGGAGACGGAUGCUGUUACCAAUGGCAACUGAUGCUUCCUUUAGUGUUGGUUAAACUUCCACAGUCUUGGGUUUGGACAUGAAGCUUUGAAUUUAGUGAAGGAACGAGCUUUGAGCUUGUGUUUAUUUGUCAGUCGACAGCUCUUACCACCUGAAACGUGUACAUCCAACUGUUACGUCCAGGGACCACUGUCGAUGCAAAUCAGUAUUUGAUACAGGAAAGACUGGUUUGUGUUGCUGUAAGUGACAGUUCACUUCAAUUGUUCUCAAAUUAUGUUUGCUUGUCAGAAUUUUGAUAAUAAACAUUCUUUGCA